UACUUCUUUCCCUUUUUUUUCAAACACAUAUUUAAAAACAUAGUUAUUAUUAUACAAUUCUCUCUAUUACAAGUUUCCUCAAAGAUGAGUUAUUUUGCUGAUAAUAAAAAGCCACAUGCUGUGUUGAUUCCAUAUCCAGCUCAAGGCCAUAUCAAUCCAUUGUUCAAACUAGCUAAGCUUCUUCACUUUAAAGGUUUUCACAUAACCUUUGUCAACACUGAAUAUAAUCACAAACGUUUGCUCAAAUCAAGAGGUGAAAAUGCCGUUGAUGGUUUCAUUGAUUUUACCUUUGAGACUAUUCAAGAUGGUCUGACUCCAGUGGAAGGUGAUGGCGAUGUUACUCAAGACGUACCCUCCCUUUCUCAAUCUAUAAGAAAGAACUUCCUUCAGCCCUUUGGUGAACUUCUUGCUAAACUUCAAGACUCAGCCACUACUGGUAUUGUUCCACCUGUUACUUGCUUAGUUUCUGAUUGUUACAUGUCAUUUAGUAUACAAGCUGCUGAAGAGCAUGCACUCCCAAUUGUUUUCUUCUCUCCAGCUAGUGCAAGUACCUUCUUGUCUGUUUUACACUUUCGUACACUGUUUGAAAAAGGUCUAAUACCACUCAAAGAUAAGAGCUAUCUAACAAAUGGAUAUCUGGAUACCAAAGUAGACUGUGUUCCUGGAUUGAAGAACUUUCAGCUAAAGCAUUUGCCCGACUUUAUAAGGAUUACAGAUCCAAAUGAUGUCAUGGUAGAUUUUUUCAUGGAAGCGGCAGAUGGAUUUUGUAGAGCAUCAGCUAUCGUUUUUAACACUUAUGAUGAACUUGAGAGUGAUGUAAUGAAUGUGCUCUAUUCUAUGUUCCCUUCUUUAUAUGCUAUUGGACCUUUACCUUCAUUAUUAAAUCAAACUCCACAUAAUCACCUGGCAUCGUUAGGUUCCAAUCUUUGGAAAGAAGAUACCAAAUGUCUUGAAUGGCUUGAAUUUAAGGAACCUGAGUCUGUUGUUUACGUGAAUUUUGGCAGCAUUACAGUUAUGACUCCAGAUCAAUUUUUAGAGUUUGCUUGGGGAUUGGCCAAUAGCAAGAAACCCUUUUUGUGGAUCAUUAGGCCUGACCUCAUUAUUGGUGGCUCCUUUAUUUUGUCAUCUGAGUUUGAGAGUGAAAUUUCGGAUAGAGGCCUAAUCGCGAGCUGGUGUCCGCAAGAGCAAGUACUGAACCACUCUUCAGUUGGUGGAUUCUUAACUCAUUGCGGAUGGAACUCAACCAUUGAAAGCAUUUGUGCCGAAGUUCCAAUGUUGUGUUGGCCAUUUUUUGCUGAUCAGCCAACAAACUGUAGAUUUAUUUGUAACGAAUGGGAGAUUGGAAUUGAAAUUAAUACUAAUGUGAAAAGAGAUGAGGUGGCGAAGCUGAUCAAUGAAAUUAUGUCAGGAGAAGAAGGAAAGAAGAUGAGGCAAAAGGUCAUGGAGUUGAAGAGGAAGGCAGAGGAGAACACCAGUCCAUCUGGUUAUUCAUUGAUGAACUUGGACAAAGUUAUUAAGCAGGUCAUGCUCAAACAAUACUAGAUUAAAGUGUAAUCUCCUCUUGAAUUUGUUUUAUUGUAAAAAAAUAAGAUGCAUUUAGUUGAGGUGCUUGUUAUAUUUAAAAUGUAAACCAUAUAAAUAAUGUCUCAUAUAAUUGUAUGAAAUUCAGU